AUGUUCACUAUCCCGUCUGGUGGAAUCACGUCGUCGCGUCGAGGCCAAGGGGAAGUCUGUUGACCAUCGUCAUGUCCGCAUCCCUCGUGGCGCCUCUCGUUGUUAGUUUAUACGGUAAUACGUGCAGUGUUCUAAUUAACAGUAUUUUACGACAUGGAAGAAAUUGUACGAUCAUUCGCGCUGGACAUGGCAGCGGAUUACACGUUGAAGGACGAAAAAUUUCUCGGGAAAAAAUGAGAGAAAAUUAUCUCAAGAUGAAGGAAAAAUGUAAAUCUAAAAAAUUACCACCAGAUGUUAAUGCAAAUGGAGUAUUCGCCUGUAAUGAAUUGGAUUUAAAAGAAGUUCAAGUUUAUGGAUUUGAUUAUGAUUAUACUUUAGCGUGUUAUAAGCCGUCGAUGGAUUAUUUAUUGUAUAAUUUAGGUCGUGAUAUGUUGAUUAAAAAACACAAGUAUCCAGAAAAAAUUGCUCAAUUAGAAUAUAAAGAUGAUUUCGCAGUCCGUGGUCUUCAUUAUGAUAUUGAAAAAGGUUUACUCUUGAAACUCGAUAGUUUUCUGCAGAUCCAACUUGGCACUGUUUAUCGUGGACUUCAUCCGGUUCCUGAUGAUGAGGUUCUCAGAAUUUAUAAAAACCGGAUCAUACCGAUUGCUUACGUCGAGUCGCAACAUAAACACUCUCAGAAGAAGGAUGGACCAAAUCGACAAAAAAUGGUACAAUUAGCCGAUUUAUUUUCUGUCCCAGAAAUGGGAUUAUUAUGCAACGUUACGGAGUAUUUUCUGCAAAACCAAAUAGAUUAUCAUCCAGAAAUACUUUUCCGAGAUGUAAAAAAUUCUGUACAAAGUUGUCAUCCGAUUAUGCAUCAAUUAGUCGCUAAUAAUGUUUCGGACUACCUUGAGCCAAACAAAGAUCUCACGAAAUUUUUUGUUCGACUCAAAGCAGCGAAUAAAAAAAUGUUUUUAGUAACAAACAGUCCGUUUCAUUUUGUGAAUAAAGGCAUGAAAUUCUUAGUUGGGGAUGAUUGGAAAUAUUAUUUUGAUGUCGUAAUAGUACAAGCUAGAAAGCCAAGAUUUUUUACGGACGAAUCUAGACCUUUGAGAGUUUACGAUGAAAUCCAACAAACGCAGCUUUGGGACCGAGUGACGAAGCUUGAAAAAGGGACUAUAUAUCUCGAAGGAACUGUUAAACAAUUGCAAGAUAUGACAGGAUGGAGAGGUCAUCAGGUUCUUUAUUUUGGAGAUCAUCCUUACAGCGAUUUGGCGGAUGUCACCUUGGAGCAUGGCUGGAGAACAGGGGCAAUCAUACAAGAAUUAACAUAUGAAAUUGAAAAUUUGAACAAGCCAGAGUUCAAAGAAAAUGCAAAUUGGCUUCAAAUGCUAACAACGCUUAUUGAAGAACAUCAAGAUUACGAUGGAGAAGAAGUCCAAGAACAAUUAGCAGAAUGGAUGCGUGAAAGAGACCAACUGCGUAACGCCAUAAAACGUGUAUUUAAUAAACAAUUCGGAUCUGUAUUUAGAACUUAUCACAAUCCGACGUAUUUUUCACGAAGGCUCUUCCGAUUUGCAGACAUUUAUAUGAGUUCUAUUACAAACUUACUUUAUUACUCAAAUACUCAUACAUUUUAUCCACGACGUGGUGUAAUGCCUCAUGAAUACAUCAGUUAUUUUGUGUAAAAUUUUA